AGCACAUGAACUUGAAUUUUCCUAUAUAAGCUGAGAGUAGGAGCUGAAACAGUAUCAUUCUUCUAACUGAGCUUGGUAGAACACCAUGGCAGCUAAGAUUGUAGCGGUUCUUGCAUUUGUUGGUUGUGUGGCAGCUGAGGCUAGCCUGGGAUAUGGAGGAGCGUAUCAUCCCUAUGGAGGAUACAGCUAUACCCACAGAAGCCCCCAAGGACUAUCUGGAUAUGGAUAUGGACAUGGAAUCGGCAAGCGUGAGGCUGAUGCCUAUGGAUAUGGAUAUCCUGCUAUUGCUUAUCAUGGAUAUGGAGCUACCAGCUAUGAAGCCAGAAGCCCCCAAGGACUAUCCGGAUAUGGAUAUGGACAUGGAAUCGGCAAGAGGUCUGCUGAUGCUGAGCCAAGUCUUGGUUAUGGAGGAGCCUACCAUCCUUAUGGAGGAUCCAGCUAUACCUACAGAAGUGUCCAGGGACUUACCGCAUACAACACCGGAUAUGGAUAUGGACAUGGACUCUACAAGCGCGAGGCUGAGCCUUCUUACUAUGGAGGAUAUGGUUAUGGUGGAAACUCUUAUGUUUCUGAGUCUCGACCUCUGUACACAUAUGGAUAUGGAAUCAACCAUGUUGGCAAGAGGUCUGCUGAGCCUUCUUAUUACACCCCUUAUUCUUAUGGAUCCAGCUACCAGCAUGUGUCAAGACCCUAUUCUAACUAUGGAGUCAAUGUCUACCACGGCUAGAGUUUCAAGACUGAAUCAAAUCAAAUUAUGUGACCAAAUGUUAACUCAUUGAUGAAAUAAAAACUAUUAGGUAUU